AUGACUGUAGGGGUUUUGGUCAUGAGGAUAGAGUGCCUAAACUACUUUAUAAAAGAAAAGACCAAGAAAUCAGAAGGUAAAGUGUUGGAUGCUACCUUGAGUGAUACUAAGAGUGAUCUUUCUAAUGAGUAUGGGGAUGAAUGUGGUAAGUAUAUGGCUUUUACUGCCACAAUUGAUGAGAUGAUUGUGAAGAAUGCUACUCAAGGCAAAACCAAGGAUUUCAACGUGAAGAACUAUGGUGCCAUUGCUGAUGGAGCGACCGACAACAGUAAGGCAUUUCUUAAGGCAUGGAAGGAAGCAUGUGAAUGGACUGGAAGGGCUAGGGUUUGGAUCCCCAUUGGAACAUACAGGGUGAACUCAGUAAAAUUUGAGGGUCCAUGCAAGGGUCCAAUAGCCUUUGUGAUUAAGGGGUAUCUCAAGGCUCCUACUGAACCAUCCCUGUUUAUCACCCAGAACUGGAUCAAUUUUCGAUAUAUUAACAAUUUGACAGUGAGUGGUGGUGGCGUCUUGGAUGGUCAGGGAAAGGAGGCUUGGACUUACAAUGACUGCAACAAGAAUCCCAAUUGUCCCUCUUUACCAACGACAAUGAGAUUUGAUUUUGUGACCAAUGCAUGGGUUCAUCACUUGAGAUCAAUCAACAGCAAGAACACCCAUUUUGUGGUUUUCGGAUGUGUGGAAGUAAAAAUCACUAAUACUAGAAUAUCAGCCCCUGCUGAUAGCCCCAACACGGAUGGGAUAAAAAUGGCAAAUUCAAGGGGCAUCAAAAUCCAACAAACAACGAUUCGUACUGGUGAUGAUUGUAUAGCCAUGCUAGCCGGAACCAGACAAGUACGUAUUUUUAAUGUUACUUGUGGACCUGGGCAUGGAAUUAGUAUUGGAAGCCUUGGCAAAGAUGGAGAUCAAAAUGAUUUGUUUGAUAUAAGGGUUAGAAACUGCUCAUUUCAAAAUACUUCUGAUGGCAUAAGAAUCAAAACUUGGGCUUCUCCUGGAAUUGGUAAGGUUUCCGGCUUGAUAUAUGAAGACAUUUUCAUGAAUCAAGUUGGCAAUCCCAUCAUUAUAGAUCAAGAAUAUUGCCCGUACCCUCCUUGCCAAACGCAGCCCUCUCGUGUUCAAAUUAGCAAUGUCACAUACAGAAACAUCUGGGGAAAUUCAGGUUCGAAAGUCGCAGUAACUUUCCGAUGCAGCCAAAGCAGACCAUGCAGAGACCUAGUGAUGGAGAACAUAAAUUUGCAUUAUCAUGGCCGUGAUGGAGAGGGCUCUACUGCUAUUUGCAAUAAUGUCAAAGGCGAAUCUCUUGGUCCUCAAAAUCCUGCGUCAUGCAUAUAA